CUCCUGCUCCAGUGGAUUUGACAGGAGCCAACAGUUCAACACAACACCACUUUCAGGAAACUAGAAGUUAGGUGUCGGACCUGUAACUUGUAGUAGAAGUUAGACAUUCACGUUGAGUUAAAACAUACAACUGUUGAAUAACCACAGUAUUGAUACAUGUGUAGGUAGACGGUGAUAAUGUUGAACCCUGCGGGAGGAUGAUGAAGAAGAGAUUGUGGCGAGUUAUGUCAGCGUGCCUACUUGUGUUAUUACUGUGUUGGCACCCCACUAAAUAUGUUAGCUGCACAGAGCAACCCCCAGAGGCUCAGACCCAGAGUCUGAAGGAAGAUCCUGGCGACAGGUCCCAUCACAAGGGUGUUGUUCAGUUAGAGGAUGGCUGGGGGUCACAGUAUGUCCAGCACCUAUCUGAAGAGGAGGUGCUGCCAGAGGGAGAGGAGGUGGAGACACAGCAGCGGGGCCUAGCAGAGGAGGAGGGGGCGGGGACUCCAAGCACUGAGGUGGAGAACAAGGAGCAUGUUCAGACGUUGGACCUGGAGGAUUCUGAGAAGGAGCCAGAGACAGCAGAACCAGAGGCCGAGCCAGAGACAGCAGAACCAGAGGCCAAGCCAGAGACAGCAGAACCAGAGGCCGAGCCAGAGACAGCAGAACCAGAGACAGCAGAACCAGAGGCCGAGCAGCCACCUCCAGAGCCCGUUGUCACCCAAGAGCUGCAGCCAACACCCACCUCUGACCUAUUCCCUCUAUCCUCUGCCCUCAACCCCAUCACUGAAGACCCCUCCAUGCCCCAUGGCUCAUCCUCUAGUGUACCAGAGGAUACUUUGUCUGAUGUCCCUGUAGCGGAAUUCAGCGAUACUGAUCUUGCCACAGACGACUGUGAAGCUGGAGAAACCAACCCCUUUGAUGAAUCCUGGACCUGCCUGAGUAGCGGCUCCAACAUCCAGGACCAGAGUCCCAGUCUUCCUGUUGUCCUGGAGAAACUUAACAACGCUCAAGGAAAAGGCACCAAGACCGACAACACCUCCCACAUGUUGAAAGAACGGGGCUUGAGCUCACACAUCGCCACAGAGAAGGAUCCUAAUGUGGCAACCAAGGAUGCGGAGGACAUCCCCACCUUUGACGAGUGGAAGAAGAAAAUUAUGGAGAAGGAGAACACUCUGGCCACUCACAUCUCCACCAACGGCGGCUCCCACGCUGUAAAGAAGGUGCAGAAGAACUUCAACAACUAUGCCUCAGUGGAGUGUGGCGCCAAGAUCCUGGGUUCUAACCCAGAGGCUAAGAGUACUUCAGCCAUAUUAAUGGAGAGCAUGGAUCAUUACAUGUUAAACCCCUGCAGCAACAAGAUCUGGUUCAUCAUCGAGCUGUGCGAUCCCAUCCAGGUGAAGCAGUUGGACAUUGCUAACUUUGAGCUCUUCUCCUCCACACCCAAAGACUUCCUGGUCUCCAUCAGUGACAGGUACCCGACCAACAAGUGGGUGAAGCUGGGCACUUUUCAUGCUCGGGAGGAGCGCACUGUUCAGAGUUUCCCUCUGGACGAGCACCUGUACGCCAAAUAUGUAAAGAUGUUCACCAAGUACAUAAAGGUGGAGCUGGUCUCUCACCAUGGAUCUGAACACUUCUGCCCCCUUAGUCUCAUAAGGGUUUUUGGAACGAGUAUGGUGGAGGAGUAUGAGGAGAUCGCUGACCCCCUGGACAGACCAGACGACCAGGAUGACGACCUCGAUUAUCCUCCUGGAUACGUUCCUGCAGAGGACAAGGCUUCAAAUGACCUCAUAGGAUCAGCCAAGGACGUCAUUCUGAACAUGGUGAACAACAUUAAAGUCAACGUGCUGGGGGGAGGACCAGGUGAAGGGAACUUCUCAGGCCAGACCGUGAACCUGACUGUCGUUACAUCAUCUGACCCUGACACCACCACCACCCUCAGCCCAGUGCCUGACGCUGUAGAGGUGGAGCAGCCUGAAGUACUAGAGGACCCUGAUGUCACUACCACAGAGGAACCCAAACCAGAGCAUGUAACUGAAGAGGAGCAGGUAGUCUCUCCUAUAGAGGAGGAGGAGGUCCAGUCUAUAGUCACCAUGCUGGAGGAGGAAGAGGAUGGGAGGGAGAGAGGGGAGCACCGUUGCCCUGGCCAUCGACAGCAAGAAAGCCUUGACUACUGUGGCCCAUCUUCCUCCUCUUCUUGCUCCUGCUCAGCCUCCCUCCAGGAGUACCUCGUUCACCAGUGUUCCUUUCAGAGAAACUAUACCAGCCAGGAGAGGAAACCAGAGGCUACGCCAGCUCCAGUCAUCCCCACCACCCCGUCACAGCAGCUGCCCAUCUCCCCCACGCCCACCCAGACACCCCAGCAUUCACACACUCAGGGGGAACACCCCCAGGAGAGAGAGCCCAGCUCUGCCCAUGGGGAGAGAGAAGCCAGGCCCACUGACACCCCACCACACCUUCCAUGGGUUGAGACUGAGGCAGUGGAAGAGGUAGAGCCCAGUAUGGAGCUGCCCCACCUAGAGCCCAGCCAGACCUCCACCCUGCCCAGACCCAGCUCCACCGACACCUCCAGCUCUGCCGCCAGGCCCACACCUGCCGUGGCACCUCCACUCCACACCUUAUCCAAAGACCUGCCUGGGCAGAAGCACCCCAUCACUGGGGCAGAGAAAAGCCAGGAGGUGCAGCAGGGGGAGAUCAGGCAGCCUCCCACUGUCGCCACCUCCAGCUCCAGUGACCCAGUGGAGCAGAGCUGGGGAACCCCUGUAGAGGAGAGGCCCUGUCCUGAAGUCCAGCCUGUAGAACAAGACAACAUCCCGGUCAUCCACCAACCACAUGUGGCUGAUCCACUCCCCCCACCCCUCCUCACUACCUCCACCCCCACAGAGCAGCAACAGCCUCUGGGAUCCCCACUUAAACCAGCGGGUGCCGGCGGCGGCAACACUACUCCCGAGGAGCAGAACUCUGUCCCCGUCGUGGUCAUGACGGAGCCCCCCUCGCAUGGCCAUGGCCAGGCCGUGGCCACGGAAACCAAGGGGGAGGCGGAGCUUGUGGAGGACAUUGUCUUCAUCCCGUCGCCCAAUGGCAAUGGGCAGCAGCUGCCUCGCCCCACCUCCUUCCAGCCCCCCUCUCCUUCCCCUUUAGACUUCUAUGCAGAGCUCCACAACGCCACGGAGCAGGGGUACGGGAACCCGAUGCACGGCUCCACCAGCCAGAAGGAGUCUGUGUUCAUGAGGCUCAACAACCGCAUCAAGGCCCUGGAGAUGAACAUGUCGCUGAGCGGACGCUAUCUAGAGCAACUCAGCCAGAGGUACCGAAGGCAGAUGGAAGAGAUGCAGAGGGCUUUCAACCAAACCAUCAUCAAACUGCAGAACACAUCCAGGAAGGCAGAGGAGCAGGACCAGAGACAGACAGAGUCCAUCCAUUCGUUGCAGGGCCAACUGGAGGACGUCACACAGCUGGUGCUCAACCUGUCUGUGAGAGUCAGCCAGCUGCAGAGCCAGGUGACAGACAGGCAGAGUUACCUCCUGCUGUGCCUGGUGUUGUGUUUGAUCCUGGGCCUGCUGCUGUGUUUCCAGCACUGUCGCAUGGCUGCCAUGCAGCCUCCCUCCACAGACCCUCCUAUAACCUACAGCUACUGCUCCCCAGAGAGGCGGUUCUCUGAAUAUGAAGACAUGAGCUUGAAGAGACGAGCCUCAUAUCCUCUCCUGCACUCUGAUUCCUUCCAGUUACCUACCACUGAAGGUGCAGAGUCACUGCAAACUGUUGAACCAAUAAAUUUUCCACCAGCUAAUAAAAAGCGCCAAUCUCAACAAAUAAAAUCUCUCUCCUCAACCCUUCCACUCUCUGUCCCCAACACUUCUCUGCUGAAGAAACGCAGUAAGAUGAAGACCGUGGAGACCCUGAAGAGCACUGCUUUCUGUUCUCCUUUGCUUGCUAACCGAGCGCCCAUAUAUAACGGCCGUGGCACCAUAGACCCUCUACCCCACACGGGGCAUCUCCGCCACCCUGCCUUCAGGGACCCCCCCUCUGAGGGAAGCUCCGAGGGCUCCUCCCAGUCAGACGAGCCCUCCUUCUGCGGCCUCGCUGCUGCCACCUGCACGCGCCUCUGUGACGGCCUGCCCCCGCCCAGGAGCAGGGCAGAGAAGCUGGCUUUCAAGCCUGGGCGCGUGGAUCUCCUGCAGGGCCCGCGGAGAGACAGGAGCGAAGCUACACCCACCAUCCUUACCCUGCAGGACCUCAUCGGGGGGGAAAAAGAGCUAGCUGCAGGGAGGCUGGGAGUGAUGGCGCUCUGAGGUCCCAUCUGACACAGACUGCUCCUCCUUCAGACUCUGGAACACUCAUCCUCUGAAAGGAGGGUUGUUGUUAUCUCUGUAUACAUAGGAGGCUUUAGGCUAGUACACAAAUGAGACAAUCCCUCUUCUUCCACCUCCUAACCAGCAUGUUAUGUUCUGUCCAUGUUCUCUGUCAAACCUUUUGUCAGGCUCUUUGUUAUGAGGUUAAUAAUGACAAGAUAAGUUAACUUUUUUUUAACCAAAUCUGUGUUUUGGAUGUAAAUGGCAUGUUCUAGAAUAAAACAUGAACAAAAGCCCCAAAAAAUCACCUAAAUACGUCAUUUUAGAAACGCAACUUCUGAAAUUGUCUUUCCAAACUUUAUCUGCAAUGUUAUAUUUAAUUUUGUGCGACUCAAGCAGUUUCCCCGAUCCAUCUGUGCUUAUUUUCCAAAUUUCAUAUUGUGCGACUCGAGAGAAAUUUCUCCGUGUAGCCCAUGAUACUUUUCUGGGUGCGCAUGCUCGGGCUACACGGAGAAAUUUCUCUCGAGUCGCACAAUAUGAAAUAUGUUUCCAAUAAAGUUUGGUGUGACAAAAGGUAAUGUGUACAACAUCUAAAGACCUGCAUCACUAUAGUGAGAGCGGUGCCAUUUCUAAAAGGAUGUAUUUGGGUGAUUUUAGAGCUUUUGUUUUACUUUAUCCCCACCCUGGCACUGCAGAAUGAGCAGGAGGAAGUCUAUCUCUGGUUGGGGUAAGUUUAUCAAAAACAAGUGGAAUCGCAAAACAAUUAUGUCUGGGCACUUCAAUAACAUCCCAUUUACAUUCAAAAUACAGAUUUGGUAAAAAAAUUUAAAAAAAAGAAGUUCUCCUUUAAAGGUGCACAAUGUAACAAUCAAAACUACAAAUAAUAGCCAAUGUCAAGGAUGGGCUAAAGGAAUAGAAUUCCAUGAAAGGAAAAUCUAAGUUAGAAUUUGCUUUUACUAGUGGGUUGCUGGUCUAGCCAUGUUCAUUUCAUAGAAACAGCAGGUUUUUCCUGUUUUAAGAUUGGUUCUCAUUUUCUGAAGUUGAAAACAAUUUAUUAUAUUAGGGAUAAAUGGGCCCUAUCAAAGCUAUUUGACCACAGUAAAAGUCCAGCAACACCUGCUAUGACCUAGCUUUUUGUUAGAACUUGUUUUGUAAUUUAUGGACGAGUGCGUAGAUUGUACCAUGGUUGGACACUUGAAAUUUCAUGCAAAUGUCACUUAAAUAUAAAUCGUUAAUAUAUUUAUCAUAUCAUGAAUAAAUGCAGGUUGAGACUUUUCUACUAUUA